AUGGCAGAGUUGGAUAUCUACUGGAUCGGGCUCUUGGCUCUGUUGCCGGGCGUGGCCUUGGUAGCCGGGCGGAAGUUGAUUCUGCGAUCGCUUAAGAGGAGUACAGAUCCUUCAGAGAAGGACAUCGUGGGCGAUCAGAGGCAGCGAGAGGCAUUGGCCAAGGACUUUCGGAGAACGUUCUUGCAGGUAUACCUGCUAGUGAUGGGGUCCGAAUGGCUUCAGGGUCCUUAUCUGUACUCAGUCUUACGAGACGAAAAGCACCUGUCACCCAACAUGGUCGCAAUUCUCUAUACCGCCACAUACAGCACAGCAGCAUUGUUUGCGCCAUUUACUGGUAUACUAGCGGACCGCUUCGGGCGACGUGCCGCAUGCCUGACCUUCUGCGCAAUACACAGUCUCUCAUCGCUCAGUGUGCUCUCCGAGGCCAUUCCGAUCCUGGUACUAGGCCGCAUGCUGGGGGGUGUUGGAAUUACGCUGCUGUGGACCGCCUUCGAAAGCUGGAUGGUCACGGAGUACAACGCACGGGGUCUAGGUUUUGGGCAGACCGCGAUUCGGCUGAGCGACAUGUUUGGAAUAAUGACUACGGCAAACUGCAUCAACGCCAUUCUGGCUGGUGUCCUGGCCCACUGUGUGGUUUUAGCGCUGGGAAGCAAGACAGACCCAUUCAUGCUUGGGUUGGCACUGGAUGCCGGGGCGGCACUGCUAAUGCUGAGGACCUGGAAAGAGAAUCGUGGCGUCGGUGCUGCCAUGGCAGUGAUGGAGGGAGAAAUAAACUCAACCAGCGAAGGCGUGAGCCAGAGAAAGUCAUCCUGGUUCCGGGAUUUGAUGGCCUCGCUGCAGGACAGGAGAAUCUUGAUUCUUAGCAUGGUGUCAUCCUGCUUCGAAGGCACCAUAUUUUUGCUCAUGUUCUGCUGGCCGGGUGCCUUGAAAGAGGCGUACAGCCGUGGCUCAGGACGUGAUCAAGACAGCAAACUAUUGCCGUAUGGAGUCAUCUUUGCCAACUUCAUGGCGGCUAUGGUACUUGGGGCAUUGGCUUUCAACAUUCUGAUGCGACGGAGCAGAAGCCUGGCCGAUCCCUCUUGCAGCACUUCGACGCUGCCUACUGCGCUACUCUCGUCGUCUCUGAUGCUUGCUGGACUGUGUUUCCUCGCCGCGGCGUUUGCAAAGUCAGAGUUGCAAUUGUUUGUUGCUUUCCUACUCCUGGAGGCGUGCAACGGCAUGUAUGUGCCGAGCAUCGCGUAUCAACGGGGCCGCAUCGUCAAGGACUCUGGACGGGCCAGCGUAUACGGCUUGAUGAACCUACCACUGUUCCUUUUCGUCAUCGCAGCCCUGCUAACCACGGCAGAGGAUGGGGGCACACACCGAUUCAUUAUUUUCAUAUUUUGCGCUGUGCUGCUGCUAAUAGCGGCUGUAGUGAGCUUUAUUGGGUUGCGCGACUCUCAAGAGGGCAAGGGAGACUUCAUCGAGGUGCCGGGUUUCGAUAAAGACGUAGAUACAUGCGAGGAGGAGAAGGUCUGA